CGAAAGGCGCGGUGUGUGUGAAGCAUCGGGUCCGCGCGUGCGUCAAGAAUGGCGAUGAUGCAGUUGUUCGGUGCCGUCGCGAGACGAGCUACGAAGAUGGCGAAUCGACCGUCUCUGGCUUCUCCAAUCUCUUCGCUGUCGUCGUCUUCGCUUCCUUCUCCAUCGUCGACCGUAGCUCCUCCGCCGUUCCCGGUCCUGUGCGGGAGGGGCGACAAGAGGACGAAGAAAGGGAAGAGGUUCAAAGGAUCGUACGGGAACGCGAGGCCGAAGAAGGAGAAGAAGAUCGAGCGCAUCAAGGACAAGGUUGAGGUCCCCAGGUCCACUCCUUGGCCGCUUCCUUUCAAGCUCAUUUGAAAUGAAUUUUCACUCUCUUGCUCUUUUUUGAGUUUCGUUCGCGUACUUGUAGUUGUACUUCUGAUUUACUGAUUGGCAAUGGAUGGAAGCUGUUUGUGCAAAUUGUCGGGGGAUCUUCAGUUGGGAUUCGCUUUAUAUUUCGAUUUUGAGAUUGGAGAAGUUUUGAUUGUCUCUGA